GCAGCCGCCACUGCCCGAGCAGCCGCCGUCCAGGAAGAAGAUUGUCAAACGCGUGCAGGAUUUGUUUGUGGAUGUAACCCACUACAAGCUCAGCUGGGCCAAGUUCAUCAAGAUCGCCAGAAUGGGGCCGCUGUCGGAGCGGAUCGAACACCUUUUGGGGCGAUGGGCACAUUGCCGAUGUUCGAGUGCUGCCAGUACCUAUGCGAAAUAAGUAGCAGUCUGGGUACCGAAGAGCUGGCCGCGCUGCAGCGAUUGGCCUGCAUCUUGUUCCUGCUCCCAGAUAGUGACCUGCAGUCGGAGCUAUGCCGCGUGGCGCUGGUGCGUAAAACCUUCAGCGUGGUCAAGUCUCUGGAGCCCAUGCUGGUGCAUCACUUUACCAAACAGCUGCUGGAUUACUUUGGUGGGACAUCGAGCAGCAGCCGUGGCCAGGUGCUGCGCAUUGCGCGACUACUCAGCGUACAGAGUGGCAUCGGCAGGGCCAUUAGCGUGUGUCUGCUGUGGGACAUCAUCUUUAGCUAUGCCGCCACACCCAUUGACAUUCACCAGUACCGCGAGCUGGGCGAGCUGCGCAUUUUGGACAGUGUGCCCAUGAUCGAUUUGAGCAACACCAGCUUCCGGUGCAUCAUCCGUGCGGUGGGCACUCUGCUGCACUUGCAGCUGUGCUGCCCGGACCUGGCCGAGUUCCUCCAUCACGGCUACCCGAACUUCUACUUUUGCAUUCUGGCCCCGGAUGUGAAAAUGCUGCGCACUUGGCUGUUGAACGCUGCCGCCGGCAUGGACUCUCACCGUCCGCGCACCGAUGCCGCCAAGCUGCAAGAAAUGCUGGACUACCUGAAUGUGGCCGCCGCCCCAUCCGGCCGUCAAUGGUGUCGCCAGUGCCGCGAUCAAUCUGGCAACGUUAUCGGCCCCCUCCGCACCGACGACGAGUGUGUGCUCUCCCAGUUGCGCCGGUGACUCAAAUGGCAGUAGCCAGUAGCCAGUAGGCAGCAACCAGUAGGCCGUGUGGCACGGCACAGCAAUCUGACGCCCCAAGCAGGCAGCGCAUUUACGAGUGAAACAUUUAUACUUCUAUAUAGAUAUAGACAUAGAUAUUAUUCCCCAUUCAGCUUGUUCACUUGAUUUACUUAAAUACAAAAGGUAUUUAGGCGUAGGCGGUAUUUGUAUUGUGUUGUUUAAUCCGCGAAAAAGCUAAACGAAAACUUUCAAAUUCUGGCUAAACAUUUUCCAAGUAAUUUUGCCGCAGUGUUUGUGUGUUAUCGUCAUGAACGGCUCGGAUGGUGAGACGAUCACAGUGCAGGUGCAGG